AUGUCGUCUCAACUGAACGACUCGUCUUUCAAUGCAACAAACUGUCCCAAGCCUGGCUUCAUUCCGAAACCGCUUCGCGCAAGGAAGAGAUUCUACGACCGCAGUCUGACUGCGGGGAUGCGCCCACCCGACACAAACAUGACAACCGAUGCUCCAAGUGUGGAAGCCACCACAGAGCGUGUAUGGACCGAGGAAACCCAAAACCUCCGCGUGGAAGCUACCAAGCUGCUGGUUGCCAAACUCUUUAGGUUCAGGAAGCUCAGUUCACCUAACGCCGCGAUCAUGCAACGCGAGCCCGAGGUCUUCGCUAAGCAAUGGGAGUUCGACAUCUGGACCCGAUCGAUGCAAAGCUCUGAUGGAAAGAAGUAUGACGAUGAGGUCAGAUCAACCUUGCGACUCCUCACCAAGUGCGACAAGAAGUGGUCCGAGGCUUGGCCAGUCGAUGAUGGAAGCUAUUGGACAGGUGAAGAAUGGUUUGUUUGGGAGAUGGACAGAUUGAACUACGACAUGCUGGAGAACGAGAGCAUCGUAUCUGGGCAGCAUUCUGCAGACGCUCCAGCCAGCCUCAGCUACGUAUGUACUCAAUCCGACUCCGCCACCCAAGCCACCGAAGCCAUACUCAUUACGGACAACCACCAAGAAGGCCUCUCACCAGAGGCACAGCUGCGCAAAGACAACCGUCGAGGCUUCCAAAGCCAUAUCCGUGGCAUCUGCGAGUUACUGAGAUCCCCGAAUCAUACGCCGAACCUGAACGUCGUCGCGCUUGCAUCAUCUUGGGAGACCGAAAUCUGGACUUCGUCGCUCGAGCACGAAGACUGCAACACUUCAUACAACGAGGAUAUAGAUGAGGCACUGGAAGACUUGGAUGAUUGGAGAACGUACUGGAAUUCGUCUGAAGGCGACCCUGAGGGCAGUCGAACCGGUCGGCAGCUCUUCCUUGAUCACGUCCAACAGCUUCAGGCGCACACUGCUGCGCUUAAUGGGCAGACUGAAUCGACGACAGGAGUCAAAGCAUUGACGGAGCCCUCACAUCCCCACGAAAAUGGUGAAGAUGUUUGCUCCCCCAUUGAGACCGACGAUAGUGAUGGUGGCGUCGACGUUGGCUCAGACGAGAAGUCUGAGGAUGACCAGACUGAAACGCAGUACAUUUCUAAAGACACCUCUGAAGACCAUGGCCUUGAUUCGAAUACCGCCGACGAGCUCUGGGAUCUUGCUGGGGGUAACGAAGAGCUAUCAGAUGAUUCUGCAGACGACGCUGGAGAAGACGACGCUGAGAUUAUAUCGCCUCGCUCGCCACAACCUUAUGAAAGCGAUGAUGAGGAUGAAAGCGAAAACACCAAAGAUGGUGUCAGUUCUCAUCGUAGCUCCUCUGUCCCAACAUCUCCGAUAGCAUCGGCUUUCGCUUUCACCUUUAAGCCUUCUCAAAGCAGCGUCGCUGUACCUACCAUCCCGUCCGGCUUCGACCCAGAAAACUGGACCGGAGCAUUCGAUUUCACGGCACCCCGAGGCGGCGACAUGGCCGUCAAUAGGUCUCUUUCGGCUGGUGAUGGUGUCGCCAGUCAAAUUUCAGAGGUUCAAGACCCCAAAAACCCUGAGCAAAUUGAUGAGGUUGCCGCCGACAAUAGCCUGGAGCCUACUACUUCUUCUCCCGUUGACGACCACGUAGUCGCCAGGAUCAGUCAAGAGCACGCAGUGCAGGAGGCCCCCCUGGCCGCUCCAAAGGAGCAUGAGACGAAAAGGCCACAAAAGGCCGUCUCAGAAGACUGCUCUGGUAGGAUCAGAGAGCUGACUGCCGCCAUCAAUGCAUGCGAGGCCGAGUGGCUGAACGCAAAUGCAGGCAAUUCCGCUUUUGUUGAGCUCGCUGGAAUUCUCGAUGGCAUUGGUGCCAAAAUCACCAAAAAGCACGAUUUCUCUAGCCCUUCGGCAUUGAGCAAGAUUGAGGCGCUGUUCGCGAAAUGGCAAACAUUUGUCAACACUAUGAAAGCCUUUAUCGCCAUCAAAGAGUACUUCAAUCCCGAAAACGAUUUUCGCUUCAAUCGAGUUGUCAACCUAUAUCGCUCAGACGUCGAAAUGAUCCCAGCGUACGAAACCUUCAGUCGCUUACCGGGCGCUCAAGAGUACUGGCUUGGUGAGGCAAACAAGCGACGAGAAAGCAGAGAUGAUAAUCUGAAGAACAUCAACAAUGAGAUUGCAAAGAUGUUUGGUCUUCGCCAAGCCUACCGCCACGAGCUUGAGAUGCUGAACGGGCAAAUAGACCACAAGGCGUUCAAGGAGUUUGGCAAGAUGACCCUGAACAUGGUUCACGAACGCAUCUUGGAGGUGAAUGAGGCUUUAGGCCUGCAGGACUUGUAG